AUGGCUCCUGCGCGACCACCAAGUCGACAUGGCGGCUUAUCGUCGCGCGACGAGGUCAACGAUAACAACGACAACUCCCACGUCGCACCCAUGACGACACACGACCAGACUCCAAAUUUGCCCCGACGAGCACCUCCGAGGAGAGCAAAUACCGACCCUGUACACCAGCCCGGCGUCGUGCGGUCGGUGUCUUUCUCAGAAGACUCGAAUAGGCGGUCACACGUGGACUCGACGAGACGGCUUGGCCACGACCAGCAUGUGCUGCUUACGAUUCCGUCGAGAGAUCCCGACGCCGAAAUGGGGUCUGCAUCCGACAAUGCUGAUAAGCAUACAGACAAGACGACCUCUGCCGAGACCACAAGACCCGUGCGCGACAAGGCGACUGAGACGUUGAGAGAUUCCAUUCGGCGAUUUCGACCCGGCAAGAAGAGAAAGGACAACACGAACAAGAGGCUGCGGAAGCCGUCGUGGAAGGAUGCAUUCAAGGCCUUUCUUGUUGCUGUAUAUCAAAAAAUCAUCAUCGAGUGCUUGUUACGGAGGAAGCCGAUCCCGCCGAGCGUCGAUGGGCGACACAUUCCCAUAAACUCAACCGAUGCGCUAAUUGACGAGCGGAGCCAACGGCCGUACAUUAGCAACUUUAUUCGGUCUUCGCGAUAUACGGCCUACGACUUUGUGCCCAAGCAGUUGCUGUUUCAGUUUAGCAAGCUGGGUAACUUUUACUUUUUGGUCAUGGGCAUCUUGCAGAUGAUUCCUGGCUUGAGUACUGUUGGACGAUGGACGACUAUUGUGCCGUUGGGCAUCUUCGUUGCGUUUAGUAUGCUCAAGGAGGGAUAUGAUGAUUACCGGAGGUAUCAGUUGGACAAGUCGGAAAAUCGAAGCAUGGCCUGGGUUCUGAACCACGGACGGCGACAAGGUUCUACUGAAAAGAAGCAAGAAAAGAAGCACCACAAGGCGGCAGACACAAAAGGGCAUGCUUCAAGUGGCGAUGCUGACCUUGAGAGCGGCGUGAAUGCCAACGACGACGACGGCAAUUGGCUGCACGUGCAGUGGCAGCACGUCAAGGUUGGUGACGUGGUGAGACUGAGCCGAAACGAUGGCGUGCCGGCAGACAUGGUUUUGCUGCAUGCUACGGGUCCCAAUGGUGUUGCAUACAUUGAGACGAUGGCUUUGGAUGGCGAGACAAACCUAAAGAGUAAACAGGCGUGUCCUCUUCUUGCGGAGCGGUGCAACACCCUCGAUGGCAUCAAGUCGGCGCAAGCUACCAUUGUUUCCGAAGACCCCAACAUUGACCUGUACAGUUACGAUGGCCGGGUUGCAGUUGGAGAAGAGACGCUGCCUUUGUCGUUGAACAAUGUCGUCUAUCGAGGAUCUGUUCUUCGCAACACUACAGAGGCCAUCGGUAUCGUGGUCAACUCUGGAGAGGAGUGCAAGAUUCGCAUGAACGCCAACAAGAACGUUACCGCCAAGAAACCCGCCAUGCACAACAUCAUCAACAAGAUGGUGCUUUUGCAAAUCAUCAUUGUCAUCAUGCUUGCCGUUGGAUUUACAGUUGGAUACUCUCUCUGGAAGAAGGAUACCCAAGACCAUUCCUUCUACCUCGUUUCCAGCGGCCAAUGGAGUGCCAAUGUGCCCUUUAAGGAAAUCUUUUUCGGAUACCUCAUCAUGUUCAACACACUUAUUCCGCUGUCCCUGUACAUCAGCAUGGAAAUCAUCAAGAUUGGCCAGCUGAUUUUGCUUCAGGAUGUCGACAUGUACGACCCCGUAACAGACACUCCCAUGGUGGCAAACACGACGACCAUCUUGGAGAACCUGGGACAAGUAAGCUAUGUAUUCUCAGACAAAACUGGCACAUUGACCGAAAACAUCAUGCGGUUCCGCAAGAUGAGCGUUGCUGGUGUAGCCUUUCUGCACGACAUGGACGUGCAACGGGAUGAGGAUGUCAAGCAGAAGAAGAUUGAGGCUGCCACAUGGAGUCGUCGCAACAAGGGCAAACAAUCGCAACAGGUUGUGCCAUUGUCGCCGCACAAGGCCAAGUUCUUUGACCACCACGAUGAAGAUGACAUUCUAGAAGAAGACGAGGAAGAUGAUCGCCCCGCACCGCCCAAGAGAACGGCAUCCGUUGCGAGUGCAUCGCAUUGGAAAUCGACGGUACGACCGAAUGAGGAGCCUGAAAUCAAGACGGAGGAGUUGCUGGACUACAUUCGGCGAAAGCCAAACACCGUCUUCUCCCGAAAGGCGAAGCACUUUUUGCUGUGUAUUGCCUUGUGCCACACUUGCUUGCCUGAGAAGCAGGAUGGCGACGACAUUUCUUUCCAAGCUGCUUCCCCUGAUGAACUGGCCUUGGUUGAAGCCGCUCGUGACAUGGGCUGGCUGAUGAUUGACCGCCCGGCGCAGACGAUCAAGCUGCAGUCGCGAGAUGAGAAAGGCACCCUCCAAGUCGAGUCAUAUCAAGUCUUGGAUGUGAUUGAAUUCAGCAGCAAGCGGAAGAGGAUGUCCAUCAUCAUCAGAAUGCCCGAUGGCCGUAUUUGCGUCUUCUGCAAGGGCGCGGAUAACGUCAUCACGUCUCGACUCAAGUUAAGUCAUUUGGCCGAGCAAAAGGCAAAGGAUAUUGGGCGAAGGGCUAGUAUGCGCAAGACAUUUGAGCAGGACAAGGCUCGAACGCGAAUGAGCAUGGCCAGCGGAAGAGGUACGCCAAGAACGAGUCUUGCCCUGAAGCGAGGCGAAUCAAUUGAUCGAUUGGAGAGCCUGCGACGUAGCAUCGGCAGACUAUCAACCGACAUGAACAGGCUUUCGCACUCGGAGGGUGUAAGUUCCUGGUUGGCUCGACGAGAAACUGAGGAGCUGGGCACGCCUCGAGCUUCGAUGGAGGUGUCGCGCAAUGGACGACCUAGCCUUGGCAAAGCGCCGUCGUUUGUGGAGAAUGCAGACCAUCGAAUUGACGAGUCUAUUGCUGCAAAUGAAGCCGCUGUUUUUGAGCACUGCUUCCAGCAUGUUGAUGACUUUGCGUCUGAGGGUUUGCGAACACUGCUCUACGCCUAUCGGUACAUUGAAGAGGAUUCAUAUGCUUCAUGGAAGGAACUGUACCGUGAGGCUGAGACUAGCCUCGUCAACCGCCAGGAGCUGAUUGAGGAAGCUGGCGAGAUUAUUGAGCAAAAGUUUGAGCUCGCUGGUGCAACUGCCAUUGAAGAUAAGCUGCAAGAUGGUGUGCCAGAGACCAUUGACAAGCUUCGACGAGCAAAUAUCAAGGUUUGGAUGCUUACGGGUGACAAGCGUGAGACGGCCAUCAAUAUCGGCCAUUCUGCCCGUGUUUGCAAACCAUUCUCGGAAGUCUACAUCCUCGAUGGUACCUUGGGUAAUCUCCAAGAUACCAUGACUGCCACCCUCAACGACGUCUGCCGCGGCAUGGUUCCCCAUUCAGUUGUCGUGGUGGAUGGCCAAACGCUGGCAACCAUCGACGCAUCCGACGACCUUGCCGUGCUCUUCUACGACCUCGUCCUGCGAGUCGACUCCGUCAUCUGCUGCCGCGCAUCUCCAUCGCAGAAGGCCAACCUCGUCACCUCGAUCCGCCGCUUCAUCCCAUCCUCCAUGACGCUUGCUAUUGGCGACGGCGCCAACGACAUUGGCAUGAUUCAAUCGUCCCACGUGGGCAUCGGCAUUUCGGGUCGCGAGGGCCUCCAGGCCUCUCGCAUAUCAGACUAUUCCAUCGCCCAGUUCCGCUUCCUUCAGCAACUACUCUUCGUCCACGGCCGCUGGAACUACCUCCGCACAGGAAAAUACGUCCUCGCCACGUUCUGGAAGGAAAUCCUCUUCUUCCUAGUGCAGGCCCACUUUCAACGGUUCAACGGAUACUCGGGCACUUCGCUCUUUGAGUCGUGGAGUCUAACAGUGUUUAAUAGCCUGUUCACUUCGCUUCCCGUCAUCUUGCUGGGUAUCUUCGAAAAGGACCUGAGUGCCGAGACGUUGCUUGCCGUGCCGGAGCUGUACACGUUUGGACAGCAGAACAGGGGCUUCAGCUUCAAGCAGUACUUUGGAUGGGUGUUUAUGGGCACGGUGGGGAGCUUUGUCAUUUAUUAUUUCACAUUUGGCGAGUAUUGGAGCGCGUUGUUUUCUGUGGAUACGAGUUUGUACGCCAUGGGAGCGGUGUGCUUUACCGUUGGUGUGAUUUUCAUCAACGUGAAGUUACUAAUUCUGGAGCUACACUGCAAAACGGUAAUCACCUUUGGAGGCUUCAUCAUCUCCAUUGCGGGUUGGUUCCUGUGGUGCCUCAUCCUCUCGGCCAUGUACCCUAAGAAAGUAGGCAAGGAUAUGGUCCGCCGCGGCUUUCUCGACAACUUUAGCCGCCAAUUAUCAUGGUGGACGACGCUGCUUGUCGCACUGGCUACGCUCGUGGUGAUGGAUUUGGUGGUCCAGGGAGUAAGGCGUGUGUACUGGCCUACGGACCAGGAUCUCAUGCAGCGUAUCGAGAAGGAUAGUAGUGCGAGGCGAGCGUUGCGCGAACAUGCCGCUUUGCGGGAGCAGGGAGCGGGGGAUGAUGUUGAGAUGCAGGAUUUGAUGGUGCAGAGGGGGAUGGGCGAGGAGGGCAAGAAGAGUGGAUUGUAG